AUGAUCUCUGCCAGACGUAUCAUCAACCACGCCGACAUUACAGAACUCAUUGAUCUCGAAACAUCUCCUCUGGGCCAAUGGUGUUUGCAAAGCUUGCAUAGCUCUAUCAGAGAGCUCAGAAUCGCUUCUGGACGCGCUCUUCCUCUAUUCCUGAGAGAUAAUAACCUGGCGUCGCUUGACUCAACUCUGAUCAUUCGCAACCGAAAAAAUGCACUUAGUCUGCUCAAGGCUGCUUCCGAGAAAGAUGCAGCCAUAUUCCAUGAAAGCGGAAUCCUGUCCUGGGGCCAACUUGGACGGGUCCUGACUGGAGACGAGCUCAAUCUUGUUCUGCACAAGUUGCUUGAGUACCUCGGUAGUAUCAACAGUCUGAUCGCAUCAUGUGCCUUCAACGAGAUUCUCAACCUAGCAUCUGCCUUGAACACAACGCCGCGUCGUCUGUUCGAACCCUUUUGGAGGAACCUUGCAUAUUUCGCUGUCAAGGACAUGCAGGCUCGGCCGCAAAUUUGCCGCGCGAUUUCCGACCUGUUGCAAAUAUCCGUCACAGACUUCCUGCUGCUUAUCCAGGCUCAUGCGUUGCCUUGGCUGGUAUUAAUGAAAAAGAAGGAGGUGAUUCAGAAAAUCGCAGAAGCCCGAGGAGAAAGGGACAUAUGGAUCCCUAUCCUGGACCCAGCCAAUGCUGGCUCAAUCAUUGCGCUUUUGCUCAUUCAAGAUGUUGGUAACAUCGAGAAGUUCGUCAUGUCUAGACUCGUUGAGGUUUCCUCUCACCUAGAGACAUUUACUUUGGUUGAGCUCGUGCAAUCCGAAGUCUGUUCGGUCGCUCUAGAGCUUUUCAAGGCUGCCGGCGAGGCGGAUGAAGCACGGAAGCCCCGAUCAAAGCCGAAGAAGGGCAACACGAUUGGGAGAUAUCUACAAUCGUACAUUCUUGGUCUUAUGGCUCGCCUUGCAGAUGUUAUCAAUGAUAUGCCACUUGUAUUUCCUCCAGCCGAAGAACAGAGACGCUGCAUACGUGCCUUAGAGGAGAUGAUCAGACAUUGCAAAGUCUAUGUUCGAAUUGCUCGCCCACAGAUUGCCGCGUGUCUUCUGUCAUCACUGGCUCAGGAUGAUCUCAGAGAAGCUGCAUUCUCUUGCUGGGCGGCUCUGCUCACAUGUCUCGAGCCUGAAGACGUCGAGGUUUUGAUCGAGACUACAUUCUUCGUCAUCAGCCACUACUGGCCGCUCUUUAGUCAGCCUUGUCGACAAAUGGCUAAGAAUUUGAUCAGGGAGUUGAUCACGGAUUUUAGUGACAGCCUCACGUCCUACAUCAGCAAGUUACCUUCUUUGGGCCACAUCGCAGAGUUGGCAGACGUCGAAGGGGAACUCAACGCCGCGCGUCCAGUCCUGGACAGCAGGCAGGCAUUUGCCCUCUUCGCCGAGCGCACGUCUCACGAGAACUCUGGUGUCGUAUUACUGGCACUGACCGAACUCGAGGUCUACCUUAGACAGAGUGGAGGCUUCCUCCAGACUUCAGCCGUCAGCCAACAGCCUGACCCCGUUGUACCCAUGUUGAUACGAGCCUUGCUAGACUGUGCAGCAAAGUAUAGUGCUAUGCACCAGCUCGAUAUUGCCAGUCUUUGUACUCAAUGCAUUGGCUUGGUUGGCUGCCUCGACUCUAAUAGAGUGGAAGCGCCACGAGAGCAAAAGUCGAUGGUCAUCUUGAGCAAUUUCGAGAGUGCAGACGAGACGACAGACUUCGUGUUGUUCAUCUUGGGACAAAUACUCGUCAAGGCUUUCUUGUCCACGACAGACACCAAACUCCAAGGUUUCCUUUCCUUUGCCAUGCAAGAACUGCUCGACCGGGUCGAUAUCAAGGCUGCACUGGCUAUGAAAGGAACUGGGAUGCGGGAUGGUGGUGUCAUCUACAGAAAAUGGCUAACACUAUCGGAGAGUGACCGCAAUGUCUUGACGCCUUUCCUUACUUCCAGAUAUCUUUUGACACCUAUGAACGUUGUUCCAGUCGAGUAUCCUAUCUUCCGCCCAGGAAAGCCCUACGGAAACUGGAUGCGUUCAUUCAGCAUGGAUCUCUUGGGCAAGGGGCAAAAUGGGCACGCGGAUCUUAUCUUUGAACCACUGUGUCGCACUAUCAAGGUCAAGGACUUGGCCGUUGCCGAGUUCCUGCUGCCAUAUCUUGUGCUUCAUGUCAUCAUAGGUCACAGGAGCACGCGAAAGGACCGGGACAAUGUCAUUGGAGAGCUCGUUGGUAUUCUUCAGCACCAACCCGCCGAGGACGCGCCAUAUUCGGAACGAGAAGACAUGAAGCUGUAUUGCGAGGCUGUCUUCAGAGCUCUCGACUACGCGAGCAGGUGGCUCCAAGAGAAGGAUGCAAGACGCAAGAAUGACGAUGACCUGCCCGCGAUAGGACGUGUUCAGGAAUUGCUAAACACUGUUCCGCCAGUGCUCAUCUCUCAACGUGCGAUGGAUUGUAGAGAAUACCCACGAGCGCUCUUCCACCUCGAGCAGCAUGCCCAGCAAAUGGAGGUUGAGAACAGCGACCCAAGGCAGAAAACUUUACUACUCGAGCAGCUGCAGGACAUCUAUACUCAGAUUGACGAACCUGACGGGCUGGAAGGGAUUUCCGCUCAUCUGCACGUUUUGGAUAUCAACCAGCAGAUUCUCAGUCACAAGAAGGCAGGCAGAUAUACUGCAGCUCAAACUUGGUACGAAAUCAAAUUAGCAGAAGAGCCUGAUAAUAUCGAUGUGCAAAUCGAUUUGCUCAAUUGUCUGAAACAGUCCGGCCAACACGAUGUAUUACUCAACUAUGUUGAAGGCAUGCGAACAGAACCUUCGACAGAAAACAAGAUUGUUCCAUACGCAGUUGAAGCAGCGUGGGCUACGAGGAGAUGGGAUACUUUGAACAAGUACACUGCCCGAUUCCAUGGCAGCCCUCUGGAAGACUUCAACGUCAGUAUCGCCAAACUCUUCAACGCGCUGCAGAAAAGGGGGGCCGGCAGCGAUACAUUCCCCGAAAUGCUGCAAAGUAUGAGAGAGAAGAUCGCCUCCGCCAUGACACACGUGGCAACGUCAUCUUUGCAAGCCUGCCACGACUUGAGACUUAGGUGUCAUGUCCUUACUGACCUUGAGAUCAUCGCUGGAACUCAAGCUUCUGAGGGCGAUGCACAUCAGGAAGUUCUGACAAUGCUCAACCGUCGCCUUGAGGUUCUUGGGGCGUACGUAGGCGAUAAGCAGUACUUGUUGGGUAUCCGCAGGGCAGCCAUGGAGCUUUCACGGCCCAAGUUUUCCGAUCUUGACAUAUCUUCGCUGUGGCUCUCAAGCGCUAGGUUGGCUAGAAAAGCCAACUCAACCCACCAGUCGUUCAAUGCCGUAUUACAUGCUUCUCAACUUGGCGACGGAGCUGCGGUCAUUGAGAAUGCUCGGCUUCUGUGGAAAGACGGCCACACGCGCAAGGCGAUCCAAGUUUUGCAGGGAGCCAUUGAAUCGAACAACUUCAUGACACAGACCAACAGUUCUUCUUCUAUCCGUGGCAUGGAUGCUCAGCAACGGCAAUUGACGGCUAGAGCUCAACUGAUGCUUGCAAAAUGGCUAGACGCUGCCGCUAGCGCCUGGGAAAAGGGCCACUACUACCUGGGACGAUACUACAAGAAAGUACUGGAAUCUGAGAAGAUGCUCAAGGCAGACGAUCAAACCGAUCCCUGCAUUCAGGGCGAAUACACCAGACUCGUCGUCGAAAAUUACCUUCGGUCUCUAAACUACGGCACCAAAUAUCUCUACCAGACCAUGCCGAGAAUUCUUACACUGUGGCUUGAAUUCGGAGCGCAGGUUGACAAGGCCCCCGAAGGCAAAGUUUCACUGUCUCGUGAGCUGCAUAGGAGGCGAACGGAUCAGUUGAACCUCCUUCACCGGUUCCUUGACAAGUCCAUAGCCCGAUUACCAGCGUACAUCUUCUACACGGCACUUCCACAAGUUGUGGCAAGAAUUGCUCAUCAGAACAAAGAUGUCUAUGAGCGUUUGACGCACAUAGUCAUCAAGGUCGUCCAAUCCCACCCUCGGCAAGCUCUUUGGAGUCUGUUUGGAAUCAUGACAACGAGACAAAACUCAGAACGUCGGGUAAGGGGCCAACAGAUCUUGCAGGCGUUGAAGGGAGUCACCAAAAAGGUUGACGGGAGCACCUACGAACUCAGGCAGCUCUUGAGGAUGGGCGAGAAGCUCGCAGAACAACUCUUGCUGGCUUGCAACAACGGCGAUUUCCAGAGCAACAGGACGACCGUGGCGAGCAUCACGCGCGAUCUGAACUUCAACCACAAGUGCACCCCUUGCCCCCUGGUGGUGCCCAUCGAGUCGUGUCUGACUGCUGCCUUGCCGACGCUGACUGACAACGUCAAGACCCACAAGGCGUUCUCACGAGACGUCAUUACCAUCGACUCCUUCCUGGACGAGGUACUGGUUCUGGGAUCUUUGGCCAAGCCGCGACGACUAACCGCACGCGGGACGGACGGAAAGAGCUACAUGCUUAUGAUCAAGCCCAAGGAUGAUCUACGCACUGACCAGCGUCUGAUGGAGUUCAACAGCAUGAUCAACAGAUCAUUGAAGCGGGAUCCCGAGGCCAGCAGACGCCAGUUGUACAUCAAAACGUAUGCCGUCGUGCCUCUGAACGAGGAGUGCGGUAUCAUCGAAUGGGUUGAUGGGUUGAAGACACUGCGCGAGAUUCUUCUGGAUCAGUAUAAAUCCCGCCAGGUACACCCCGACUACAACCAGAUCAAGCGGAUGAUGGCUGAGGCAGUGACGGGACCGAACAACAUUAAGAUGUUCACCGAAGGCGUCUUGGGCACGUUCCCGCCCGUCCUGCAGCACUGGUUCGUCCAGCGUUUCCCCCACCCUUCGACUUGGUUCUCUGCGCGGCUCAAGUACACGCGUUCCUGCGCCGUCAUGUCGAUGGUGGGUACAAUCCUCGGACUCGGCGAUCGACACGGUGAGAACGUGUUGCUGGAGCGCGACAAUGGCGGCAUCUUCCACGUGGACUUCAACUGCCUUUUCGACAAGGGCUUGACGUUUGCGCAGCCAGAGAGGGUGCCGUUCCGCCUGACGCACAAUAUGGUGGCUGCGAUGGGCAUCUACGGAUACGAAGGUCCCUUCCGGCACUGCAGCGAGCUGACCUUGGGGAUUUUGCGGCAGCAGGAGGAGACGCUGAUGACGAUUCUCGAGGCGUUCAUUUACGAUCCUACGCUGGAUCUGCAAAAGGAGAAGAAGACGAGCCGUCGGCAGGACGGGGCGCCUAGGAUGCAGCCGCAACUUGUUGUCGACAGCAUCAAGCGUAAAGUUAAGGGGUUAAUGGGACAGGACACGAUCCCGUUGGGUGUGGAGGGCCAGGUGGAGGAAUUGAUCAAGCAGGCUGCUGAUCCGAGAAACCUGGCGGCUAUGUAUAUCGGUUGGUGCCCAUUCUUGUAA